AAAGAUGAAGACAAAUCUAAACAACAAAAUAUUGAGGCUUUAAGACGUGAAAAUACUCUUGUGAUGAGGUUAACAACAAAAGAACAGGAAUUACAAGAUUGUAUGAAUCAGAUCCAAGAAAUGAAGGCAGGACAGACAACCAGUAUGGCCCAAUUACGUACGAUGCUCCUGGAUCCAGCAGUGAAUUUGAUAUUCCAGAGAAUAACAAAAGAAAUGGAGGAAAAUAAAGAAAAAUUGAAGCAAACUCAAAAUGAACUUAGCGCUUGGAAGUUCACGCCUGACAGGUGUUUAUCUUAUUACCAUGGUAACAUUAUUAAUCUCUCGGCAAAUAACUUUCAGACAUUAUUAUUGCCGGGAGAUUUUAAACUUUGUAAUUUGACAAUAUGGCCAACUUGA